ACACUUUAAAUAUCACACUUCAUCAAAAGUAGCAUAGGCCUACAUUUAGCAUCCAGCAUCGUAUUUAGGACAGUCUGAGACGCAAAUAUAAUAGAUGUGAAUGACAACUUGAGUGAUGAACUGAUUGGGUUGAUCAGGUGCUGUCGCGCUCUCGUAGCAUCUGAUUGGUGAAGCUUGUAUCGGUCGCACCAGCGUGCAUGAGGAUCCUUUCUGUGGAGCCUUCAAAGUUAAGGGGACAGACCUCGCAGGACUUACCGACAUCGAUAGACUUAUGUACGGGCUUAAUUUUAAACCAGAUGGAAGCCGCCUUGAUUGAAACUCUGGCACAGGUCGCUUCUGAUAAACGGUGAUUGUGAUGUUCGGGAAUGUGCUCGUGGUGGGUCUGAUUCUGAAGUGACUCAUGCUUGUUCACUGUGGAGCUGGACUAACACAGCCGGACAUGGAUGAUCAUGGUUCCGCGGACGCAUUUCGGAGAGGAAACGCAACUUCUGUUUUCAUCCUGCCCCAUGUAACUUUGGCACCGACAUGUAAACCAGAAUAAAGUGACAGGUUGGACAUACCGGCUGUCUUUUCAUUCAAAAAAGAAGGAAAAAACGGGAAUCUUUUAUCCUGUUCAACAUAAGCGCGUGUACUCCUCGCAAGGAUGCCCGGAGUCCUGGGUCUGUACAUUGGGAUGGAGGUGCUGAUUGCCCUUUCCUCGGUCAUUGGGAAUGUGAUGGUGGUCUGGGCUGUGAGAAUCAACCGAUCACUACGGGACACGACCAUUUAUUUCAUCGUCAGCCUGGCUCUGGCAGACAUUGCGGUCGGGGCACUUGUCAUUCCUCUGGCUAUAACCAUAAGCAUCGGACUGAAGACUCAUUUUUACAGCUGUCUGCUCGUUGCAUGUACUGUACUGGUACUAACGCAAAGUUCAAUACUCGCCCUCCUGGCUAUUGCUAUUGACCGCUAUCUGAGGGUCAAGAUACCAAUGAGCUAUAAAAGAGUGGUGACUCCAAAGCGUGCAGGCAUUGCAGUGAUUGUGUGCUGGAUGGUGGCCAUCGUAGUCGGCCUGACGCCCAUGUUGGGCUGGAACAAUCUGGAGAAGCUACGACAGACCAACGGCACCGUGGGUGGUGACCUUCUUGUAACCUGUGAGUUCGAGAAUGUCAUCAGCAUGGAGUACAUGGUCUAUUUCAACUUCUUCGGAUGGGUCCUGCCACCUCUCGUCCUCAUGUUGCUCAUCUAUGCUGAGAUCUUCUACAUGAUCCACAAGCAGCUCAACAAGAAGGUCACCACCAACCAGACCGACCCCACUCGAUAUUACGGGAAAGAACUCAAGCUCGCGAAAUCUCUCGCGCUGGUGCUCUUCUUGUUCGCAGUCAGCUGGUUGCCGUUGCAUAUCCUGAAUUGCAUCACUCUCUUCUGCCCUAGUUGUGAAAAUUCAGUGACAAUUCUUUACGUGGCAAUCUUGCUCAGUCAUGGUAACUCCGUUGUCAAUCCCAUUGUGUAUGCAUUCCGCAUUAAGAAAUUCCAGAAUGCUUUCGUUAAGAUCUGGAAACAGUAUGUGUGUUGCACGGAGGAUCCACAUCUGCGCGGUCGGCCCAGCUUUCGCAUAGAUAGCAAAGAGAGAAGAUUGGGGGGCAAUGACAUCUGACAUUUUUUAAAAUAUGACAGUAUAAAUGAGUCUACUAGGAAAAUGCCUGGGAUGUAUGCUGUCAGUUUUGAGAAUAUAUUUGCCACAGAAAUGGAGAAGAUCGAACAUUACUGGAAAUGUUUCCUUGAAAACUCAGUCAAUGGUGCAUAAUAAUGAAUUGCAUCGUUAGUGAGGGACCAUUAAAUAAAUGAAAGUGGCCUGUUUUAGAGGAAUAGCCACAGUUCAACCGGCAUUCACAUCUGUGGGAAAAAUCUUUGAUUAUGAUUUCCUUUUGUGCUGUGGUUCAUUCGAAUGCGGCUAUAACAUAAAGGGCUUCAUAUAAUGAGUGCAAAACUGCAGACUCGUAAAUGUCAGUGCUUAUGAGUACAUUAAACCACACUCGUCUUUAGUCAGUAGCGUAAACGCAUCUGAGGACUUUGAGAAAAGACAUUGAGGAUGUGAUCUGAGGUAAUUUUUAUAUGCCAGUGAAUUCAUGUUUGAGAAGUAUGGGAUUUGUCAUUUGCUGCUUUUCAGGAUGAACAGGCCUACUUCGUCUUCAAGGGACAGUUUAUAAAAAUAAAAAAAUUCUGUCAUUUACACACCCUUGUGUCAUUCCAAACCUGUAUGAAAAGAUAUUUUUAAAAAUGUCUAUAGAAUGAAAGUCGGUGGGUUUCAGAAUUGUUUUGGACCGCAUUGACUUUUAUUCUAAACAGCUGAAACAUUCAUGAAAAUAUGUUUGUUUAGCAAAUGAAAGUCA